UAUUUUAUGUGGAGUGUUGCAGUAGUUGUGGCAGAGAUGAAGACCUUCUGCGGAAGAGCCAACCCGACCACUGGAGCUUUAGAGUGGGUGGAGGAGAGCGAGGAGUACGACUACCACCAGGAGAUAGCCAGGUCCUGUUAUGCUGAUAUGCUGCAUGAUCAUGACAGGAACGAGAAGUACUACCAGGGGAUCCGGGCGGCUGUGGCCAGAGUAAAGGCUCGUGGUGAGAAGGUCGUCAUCCUGGACAUUGGGACAGGAACAGGCCUUCUGUCCAUGAUGGCCGUUACUGCUGGUGCUGACUUCUGCUAUGCUGUGGAGGUUUUUAAGCCCAUGGCUGAAGCAGCACAGCGCAUCGUGGAGAAGAACGGCUUCUCUGACAAGAUCAAGAUUAUUAACAAACACUCUACCGAUGUCACUGUGGGGCCAGAUGGAGAUAUGCAGAUGAAGGCCAACGUCCUGAUAACAGAACUGUUUGAUACAGAACUGAUAGGUGAAGGAGCCCUGCCCAGCUAUGAACAUGCUCAUCAAAACCUGGUCCAGGAUGGCUGUGAGGCGGUUCCUCAUCGGGCCACCGUCUACGCUCAGCUGGUGGAAUCGGAGCUGCUGUGGAGCUGGGCUCAGCUGCAGCUGGAGGUGGAGGGGCGCCUGUCUGGUUCCGCCGCCUGCCUGUGGGUCGCUGUGCCGAGAGCUCAUUCGGUGUGUGACAUUCAGCUGAGCCAGGUGUCUCCAAACAGCUUCACCCCGCUGGGUCCUCUCUGCACCAUGUUCAGAGUGGAUUUCAGUAAGCCAGUAAGCAGUGCCUUCCAGUCCCACUCCUCCCAGUGUGCUCAGUCCAGCGGUCGAGCCCAGGUGGUCCUGUCCUGGUGGGACCUGGAUAUGGAUCCCAGUGGAAGCAUUGUGUGCACCAUGGCUCCUAGCUGGACAUACCCACAACCAAAGAUGGGUCCGUGGAGGGACCACUGGAUGCAGAGUGUGUACUUCCUGCCUGUGGAGAAGGUGACAGAAGGAGAGGAGCUCAGUCUGACGGUCUGCCAUGACGACUACAGUCUGUGGUACAGCCUGCGAUGUCACAGCCAGCAGGACUCACAGACUACAGCUCCUCCGUCUCGGCCAUGCUGCACCUGCCAGGCUCACCUGGUUUGGACUCGGCCUCGUUUCGGUGAACUCAACGACAGACAGCGAACAGAGAGCUACGUCAGUGCUCUGCGCAGUGUGCUGAGAGAAGACAGUGUGUGUCUCAGCGUCAGUGAUGGAAGUCUGCUCCCUGUGUUUGCUCGUAUGCUCGGAGCCAAGAAGGUCUUCGGUUUGGAAAACUCCAGAAUGUCCAAACAGGUUAUUGAGCAGGUGUUGGAAGCCAACAUGAUGAAAGGAGGAGUCGAGCUGCUGGAGAUGAGGCCUGACCAGCUCACCAGUAAUGACUUAGGAGAACAGAUCUCAGUCCUGAUGGGUGAACCUUACUUCAGCACCAGCCUCUUACCUUGGCACUCCCUGUUCUUCUGGUACUGUCGGACCGCCCUGGCAGGCCUCCUGCGGCCCAGCGCCGCCAUCCUGCCCUGCUCUGCCACACUUCACAUGGUGGCUGUGGAGUUCCAGGAUCUGUGGAGGAUAAGAGCACCAUGUGGAACAUGUGAGGGCUUUGACGUCACACCCAUGGAUGAAAUGGUCCAGCAAUCUCUGGAUUUCCGUGAGUCCCGGGAGGCAGAGCCCCACCCUCUGUGGGAGUACCCGUGCCGUGCUCUGACCCAGUCCACAGCCAUCAUGACCUUUGACUUCACUCAGUGUGUCCCUCAACAGCCAAUCAGCAGUCUGGGCUUACUGCCCUUCAUGAGGAUUGGUUGUUGCCAUGGUGUUGCGUUGUGGAUGGAAUACCACCUAACCAAUGACAUCACUGUCAGUGCGGGUCUGAUUGGUCCAAUCAGUGAGCAGGGUGACUGUGAGUGGAGUCGGCACAGGAAGCAGGGAGUGUAUUUCUUCAGGUCGCCAUGGGAGAGCUCAGGUGAUGGCAGAGCCGCAGUGUCUUACAGCUUCACCUUUGAACCCAGCUCAGGAGACAUUAAGAUGGACUUCAGCAUUGAGUCUCAGUGAUGUGGAGCAACCACUAACUGAAGAACGAACUCUGAACACUGCUUUUUACUUAAUAUCACUGUUUGCAUUUUGAGUGCAUAUUCAACACCUGGGCUUCAGUCAGCAUUGUGUGGCAUUUGCCUUUAUGAUAUUAAUACAAGAUUUGACAAAUUUGACAAAAUCCCUAAAACUGAGCAGUUUAGUGUUGUUAGACUGUGGAGGAUGAAUGUUAUUUAUGAUUAUAUUAACAUGAGCAUAAAUAUAAUUCAUGUAAAUAAAUAAUUCAUAUGAAGGGCUUCCUAUAAACAACUUGUGAAGUAUAUCAGUUUUACAGUAAUUAAACAGCUGGAUCCAUCACAUCAAAGGUGGAUAACACCGACUGGCUGAUGUGUUUUCAGUCAGUCAGUUUACUACAUUUAAGGAUAAAGGAUGUGUUUAAGUAACACAUUAGAGUCAUUACAGGAAGAGAAUGGGAGAACUGCAGUUUGUGUACGAGAUGACUGAUGAUUUACCAGGACACUGGUCUAGCAAAAGUCUUGUAGACAGGUUGAAUAAAGUUUUAUACUGGUUUGCUGUGUCUCGUAUCCUUAGUGCUGUAAAGUUUCCAUGAAGGAAGGUGGUUUACUUCUUUACACAGGCUGCGGUCGCAAAGUCUUUUUUUUUUAGAAAGGUUCCUUACUGAGUGAAAUGACCUGGAAGUGGCAGCCAUGAUCAGAGCUGGUCCAGUUCGCAGAGGAAAGGAGCUUCAGUGCUUCCUAUCUUAUCUCCUUUAGCAUAGGAAACACUGGAGCUUCCUUUAUGAGAGGAAAGGAGAAUAUGCCGUCCCACAAUUCCUUGCUGAGGCAACAUUUAAAACGAUGCAUCACUGUAGUUUCACCACAGCAGACCCACGUAAUGUAUCUGUUUAAUGUUUCUGACAUGAUCUAAAACUGAUGGAAAUCCUCGUCUGAUCGGAUGAAGCCCAAAUCCAUGAAUAUAGAUUUAUUCGCUUUAAAUCCAGGUAGGAAUCGUUAUGAAGAACAAUCAGAUUGAAUUUCUAGUUUACAACAUCAUCAUAACAAAACUCUCCAGUCUAUACAGAAAUGUUUCACCAAGUCCUCUCCCAUUGUGUAAAGCACUGAAAAUAAUGGCUAAAUAUGGAUUUUUUCUACUUAAAUAAAAAUGUCAAAAGCACCUAUGUCAGAAACCUGUACUUUUGUCUGAAUAUAAUUUAUUCUGACCUCUUGCUCAGUUCCUUAUAUCUGUUGAAUUAUUUUAAUGGCUCAACU